AUGGGAUGUACAUUGAGCGCGGAGGAGAGAGCCGCCUUGGAAAGAAGCAAAGCCAUCGAGAAGAACCUGAAGGAAGAUGGCAUCAGCGCGGCCAAAGACGUCAAGCUGCUCUUGCUAGGGGCCGGGGAAUCCGGAAAAAGCACCAUCGUGAAGCAGAUGAAGAUCAUUCAUGAAGAUGGCUUCUCUGGAGAAGACGUGAAGCAGUACAAGCCUGUGGUCUAUAGCAACACGAUUCAGUCACUGGCUGCCAUUGUUCGUGCAAUGGACACCCUGGGCAUUGAGUACGGAGACAAGGAGAGAAGGGCUGAUGCAAAGAUGGUCUGCGAUGUCGUCAGUCGGAUGGAGGACACAGAGCCCUUCUCUCCAGAACUGCUUUCAGCGAUGAUGAGACUUUGGGCAGACUCCGGCAUUCAAGAAUGCUUCAACCGGUCCCGAGAAUAUCAACUCAAUGACUCUGCUCAAUACUACUUAGACAGCUUAGAUCGAAUUGGAGCUUCUGACUACCAGCCAACAGAGCAAGAUAUCCUUCGAACCAGGGUCAAAACAACUGGCAUUGUAGAAACCCAUUUCACGUUCAAAAACCUCCACUUCAGGCUGUUUGACGUUGGAGGUCAGAGGUCAGAACGUAAGAAAUGGAUCCACUGUUUUGAGGAUGUCACCGCGAUUAUUUUCUGUGUCGCACUGAGUGGAUAUGACCAGGUGCUUCAUGAAGAUGAAACCACGAAUCGCAUGCACGAAUCACUGAAGCUCUUCGAUAGUAUUUGUAAUAACAAGUGGUUCACGGGUACGUCCAUCAUUCUCUUCCUCAACAAGAAGGAUAUCUUUGAGGAGAAAAUCAAGAAAUCGCCGUUAACUAUCUGCUUUCCAGAAUAUACAGGCCCAGGUUCUUUCACUGAAGCCGUGACUUACAUCCAAUCUCAGUAUGAGAGCAAGAACAAGUCAUCUGACAAGGAGAUCUAUACACACAUCACCUGUGCCACCGACACCAACAACAUUCAGUUUGUCUUUGAUGCCGUAACUGACGUGAUCAUUGCCAACAAUUUGCGUGGAUGCGGACUGUACUAAGCCCCUCCCUUUCCUCUCUCCUUUCCCCAUCCUUCUCCUUCUGGGAUGCAAACUCACUUUUAGGUUGAUGGGUUUAUUUUUACUUUUCUGACAUACUUCCCAUCCCCUACAUUUAGACCCAUUCAUACAGCUAUAUUUGAAACAGAAAAGUUUCACAAGUCCCGUUUCCCAUUUCAGUAUUAAUGUGGUAAAAAUAGUUUUGUGAUGGCAAAUUGAUCACCACAUGAGACAUGCAUUCAUGAGACAGUUUUACCAUAGUGAUCCCCAGUGCGGCCUCGGGGUGCCAUGGUGCCCACUGAUACGUUACCUGAUUACCACUUACUUCUUUCCAAAAGUGCCUCUUCCCAAGACCAAAGAGUCAAUCUUGGCUUAUCUUCACCUCAUUAGAGCAGGAGAUGUUGCAGAAGACCCCAGGAGGCAGCGGCACCUUUGGGUGUGGAGGGAGUGCCCAAUAGCUGCCCCAUUAUAAGAGGAGCCUGGGCUUGGAACCUCCAAACAUUUUCUGAUUGACCCCAUGGCAAGCCAUUUUGUGAUUGUUCAUACCUCCCAUAGCAGCCAUUUUAUGAUGGCAGCUGCUACCUUUUCUCAAAAUUCCAGCAGUGCUCAGGGGCUCAACAGGGUCCCUGAGGGGAAGUUGUCCCUCAAUUCUAGCAGAAGAAAUAGCAAAACUUACUCCUCCUUGACUCUUGACAGAAAAUUCAACUCUAUUUUCCCAUUCUCUUCACCUUGCUUUUAAAAGUAUUUUAUGACUUUUCCUACUAUCCCAUUUCUGGAACGGGAGCCAGUAUUGAAGCUAACACAA